UUUAAAAUCGGGUCUUGUUCAGGGCGAGCAAAAAUCCGUCUCGACCCGACCCGUUGCUAUCACUACUUUCCUCUCAUAAAACUCAUCCUCACGUUGAGAUAAUCUCUCAUAUUUUCAAUGAUUUAAGAGUCACUUUAUAUUUAUAGAAUUUUAUAAUUUAAUCAACAAGUAUUAUUAUUCAUUAAGAACUCUUAUCUAUUAACUAAGCAUAGUUAUGCUUUAAAUAUACUUAACAAACAAGUACUUCUCAAUCAAUAGAAUUUUAUUGGGAUCCAAACUAGCAUUGAAAUAUAGAAUUUAUAGAGGGAACCUUAGAGUGAGAAAAUCUCAUUCUCAAUUUAAAAGACUAUAAAACUCUUUCGAUUGCUUAGCAGAAAAGUUGAGACGGUAGCAAUGGACUCUAUACAAUUCUUCUCCUUUCUCAUUUCCAUCCAACUAUGUGCUCUCACAUUUGUUCAGUCGGCAAAGCUGUUUCAGCUCUGUUCGGACAAUAACACCUACGACAAUAACCGCAAUCAUCUCUUUUCCACCAUUACCACCGACACUGAAAUAGAAUAUGGGUUUUAUAACGUCUCUUAUGCCAAGACUCUGAUAAGGUUAAUGCUAUAGGUCAGUGUAGAGGAGAUCUUAAGCCAGAUAGUUGCCGUAAUUGCAUUAAGCAUGCAACAAACGAGUUCACCUGCAAUAACAGUAGGACAGCCAUUGUUUGGUACGGUAAGUGUAUGUUAAGGUACUCAGAUGGUUCCAUAUUUGGCAAAAUGGCAUUCGAACCUUAUUGUGCGCUGAGGGAUGACAACAUUGCCACCAACGUAAGUCAAUUCGAUCAGGUUUUGUCAACCUUGUUGGAUGACCUUAUAACUCAAACGGCCUCUGGCGAUUCCCUUCUCAAGUUUGCAACAGGAAAUGCUACUGUUUCCAAUUCGGAGAUUAUAUAUGCACUGGCCCAGUGCACUCCUGAUUUGUCGCUGGUGGACUGUAAGGAUUGCCUAAGUAAUGCCACGGACGUACUCUCAAAGUUUUGUAGUGGGAGGCUAGGAGCCAGAGUUUUCACACCAAGCUCUAAUGUUAGGUAUGAUAAAGGUAUCUUUUUUGACCGUUUGCCUGUUUUGCCACUACCGCCGGUUGCUGCUGACGCGCCAGUAUCACCUCCAGUUGAUGCACCGUCACUAUCACCUUCACCGUCAACGUCACCGUCACCCUCACCCUCACCCCCAGUGGCAUUGGCUCCCCCGCAGCAACCUUAUAUUGAGAUCGGAGAAGGUAACAUGAACAGCGGAUUUCAAGUUCUGGUUACAGUUGUUCCACUAAUGAUUUUGCAAUACUUUGUAUUUUGAAGUUAGUUAGCUAUCAGAUGUUUGAUCUGAUUUCUUG